AUGUCACUGGAUGCUUUACAUUUGGUUUGUGAGUACAUGAGUCCAGCUGGACGGCUUAAUCUAGCUCAAACCAGCACCGGAGUAUGCAACGAACUAACAAGGUGGGAAGAUGUGCACAGCUUGCUACUCGGCGAUACCAAAGUUUUGAUGGCAGGUGAAGUGUUUCGUCAUAAAAUCGAUAUCGGAAGGGACCUAGCACUCUUUCCAAUUACACUGCGUCACGUAGUUCUUACUGGCAUCGUACUAUCCCGACCGCUUAUGGACACCAUUCUCACCCUCACCAACCUGCGACAUUUUGAUGCGAUUGGAUGCGUAAUCGACACGAAUUUGGGUGCUGAUUAUGUGGAGAAGUUGGCUCAACUAUCAAAUCUUGACGAAAUGAGUAUGCCGCCAUCAAUGUUCUCGUUUUCCGUCAGAGAAGAAAACAAGAUCAAAUUUUCUAUGAGGAAAUUGCGUUUGUCGAGAUUGUCCCUCUUCAUGGAGCAAUUUGACGAGGAUACAUUUUUUGAGCAACUCGAAACGAUAAUGCCCAAAAAACUUAAAACCCUCAUCCUUUAUGGAAACUAUUUCCCUCUAAAGAAGUCUAAAAAGUAUGCAGUCACUCAUAUUUUUGUGAAUCAGUUCGCUAAUUUCACAGAUCGCUUUCGGUUCAAUGGUAAUACAAGUCAGAAGUCAGUGGUGGAUGAGAGAAGAAUGCCUUCUGAUGUCACAUCUUGUACGAAACUUUCCGUAUAG